CUAGAGGGAGGGUCAGUGUGUGUGUGCAUGCUAACAGUGUGCCUUAUGGACAGAGGGGGCUUGAGUGACUGUUGACUAGCCGGCUAGUAGGUGGAGGAACAGUAAGAACACAGACAUAACUCUGUGCUUGUUGGAUCCAGUGUUUGUUGUGGAAUCUAUACUCUCAGACUAGGAGGUUCUGGGUGACGGUGGGUUGAAGGAUCGGGAUGUCUAAGAUGACGUUUUGGUUGGGCCUUCUCCUGGCUCUCAGCGCAGGUCGUCUGGAUGCUUGGUUCUGGAACAAGGACCCUGAUCCUACUAUCCAAGCCCCAACGAAGGCUCCGCCACUGGGCAAGGCAGGAGGACAGCCCAAGAGAGGUGAGGAGAACCUGGCAGGGGUUGGGGCAGAAAUCAUCAACGUGGCUGAUGGGAUCCGUAAGUUUGUGCAGACGUGGGACGCGACCCCAACCACUUGGACUGACGGUGGAGUGGCGAGCCCUACCACACAGACGGUUAAUAAGGAGGAGUCUGGGUCUGGGGAAGGAUCUGGGUCUGGGUCUAAGGAAGGAUCUGGGUCUGGGGAAGGAUCUGGGUCUGGGUCUAAGGAAGGAUCUGGGUCUGGGGAAGGAUCUGGGUCUGGGUCUAAGCAAGGAUCUGGGUCUGGGGAAGGAUCUGGGUCUGGGUCUAAGGAAGGAUCUGGGUCUGGGGAAGGAUCUGGGUCUGGGUCUAAGGAAGGAUCUGAGUCUGGGGAAGGAUCUGGGUCUGGGGAAGGAUCUGGGUCUGGGGAAGGAUAUGGGUCUGGGUCUAAGGAAGGAUCUGGGUCUGGGGAAGGAUAUGGGUCUGGGUCUAAGGAAGGAUCUGGGUCUGGGUCUAAGGAAGGAUCUGGGUCUGGGUCUGAGAUGGGUUCAGGAUCAGGGCCUGGUUCAGCGUCUGGUGUAGGGUCUGGGUUUGGAUCGAGGGCUGAGUCUGGUGUAGGUUCAGGGACCGGCUCGGGUUCGGGGUCAGGGCUUGGAGAAAGGGAAAGCUUGGUUCUCCCAACUAACCUAACAGGGGUGGUGGAGGAUGACCUCACAGGGGUUGAGGGGGUGAAACAGGGCGAACCAAAGACCAACCUCUCUGACAUCACUUCUCAUGACCACAAUGGAACCUGCCACCUCGUGUCCUCUGAUUGGCCGAUCUGCAUAUCAAGGGGGUCGAAGCAUUUCUCGCUGCCCAACUUCCUGAAUCACACCUCUGUGGAGGAGGUUGGCGUGGCCCUGAGAGAGUGGGCGUGGCUGGCCAAGGCGGGGUGCCACCAUGGAGCCGAAUGGUUCCUCUGCCUCCUCCUCGUGCCCAGGUGCCCGCUGCCUGGCCAGGUGCUCGACAAGGUUCCCCUUCUGCCCUGCUGCAGCUUCUGCCAAGUCCUGCAAGACAGCUGCUGGCCAGCCCUGGAUGACGGGCGACUUCCUGUAGAGUGUAAUUUGCUGCCCGACAGGGAUCAGGAGGCGGGGUUGCGGUGUCCGCCAUGCGUGUCAGUUAGUCAUCGGAAAGCAGAGAGUGGUGUGACUCUACUGCAGCUGAUCGGAGACCUGCCUCCUGAUGAUUCCCAGGCCGGCCCGGGGGGGAAACCCGCCUACUACUUCGGAGGGCAGGACGGGCUGACUGCUGCGGGACAGCCGGCCCUGGCCCACCUCCCCAACCCCUUUUACAGAGACUUCUCCCUGGUCUUCCAAAUCCUCCCCUCCAGCCCCGGAGUCCUCUUUUCCAUCACAGACGCCUCCCAGAAGUUCAUGUACGUGGGGGUGAAGCUGAGCGCCCCGGACGCUGACGGCAGGAAUCAGAAGAUUCUGUUCUACUACACAGAGCCCGACUCUGAGACCUCGUACCUGGCCGCUAGUUUCACCGUGCCCUCCCUGGACCUAGUCUCCUGGACCAAGUUCUCUCUGUCCGUGUUCAACGACCAGGUGACCUUCUUCAUGGGGUGCGACGCCUCUGGGAAGACGGUGAAGUUGGAGCGCUCGCCGGAUGACAUGGAGCUGGACAGGGGGGCGGGCAUCUUCGUGGGUCAGGCGGGAGGCGCGGACCCUGACAGGUUCGAGGGGGCGAUCGCUGAGCUGAACGUGGUGGGUAACCCUCGAGCAGCUGAGCUACUCUGUGAAGAUGAUGAUGACUCAGACGCUGCCUCAGGUGACUUUGGCAGUGGGGAUGGGGACAGAAGAGAGACCGGCAAAACUACCACCCCUCCAUCUCUCCGACCGGUGCCAGAGCCCCCUCUGACAUCAUCAGUGAGCGACAGGCUGUCAGAGACAGGUGACAGGAAUCAUCAGACCUCAGUAGAGUCCAGACCAGGGUCAGGAGGUAAACCAGGCCCUACUGGUUCUAACGGAGUGAAGGGGGACAGAGGGGAGAAGGGCAGUCCAGGGGACAGAGGUCCCGCCGGGCCAAAGGGGGAAUCGGGGUCUUUCUCCAGCUCUGCUUCUUCCUCUGGCUCUUCAUCAGGCGGAGGAGAACGUGGAGAAAAGGGAGACAAAGGCUUGAAGGGCAGUUCUGGGUUUGGUUACCCAGGCUCCAAGGGGGACCGUGGCGUACCUGGUCCCCCUGGCCCUCCUGGCCCUGGGGGGCCAGCUGCCCAGGUUGUGAGGCUAGGGGAUGGCUCAGUGGUGCAGCCAGUGGCUGGGCCAAUGGGACCGAUGGGGCCCCCAGGGGCCAAAGGACCAGCAGGACCCCAGGGACCAGAGGGAGAGGCGGGGGAUCCAGGAGAGGAUGGCAAAUUAGGACCUGCCGGAGACAGAGGGUUCCCAGGAACACAAGGAGACUCAGGGGUCAAAGGACAAAAGGGGGAUCGUGGUGAUGGUCACCCAGGACCCAGGGGUUCUCCAGGGCCACCUGGACCCCCAGGCCCAGGGACAGUUGAUCGCGCUACAUUUGUGGAUGUGGAAGGCUCCGGAGGAUUCCCAGAUUUUGAGAAAAUACAGACUCUUCGUGGUCUACCAGGCCCCCCGGGCCCACCAGGUCCCCCUGGCCCCUCAGCCGGUGGUGUCAGCUCCCAUGGGUCAGGCUCUUUCGGGCCCCCUGGACCUCCCGGACAGGAUGGGGCCCGUGGCCUACCAGGGCCCGAUGGUCCACCUGGUAGGCCUGGAACCCCAGGACCCAGUAGCGGAGAGAAGGGAGAAGCUGGUGAUCUAGGUCUUCCAGGGCCCAGUGGAGAGAGGGGUCCUCAGGGUGACCCUGGAGUGCCUGGUCAGGCAGGGCAGGGGGGCUUGGCUGGACUUCCUGGGCCCAUGGGACCGAUUGGGCCUCCAGGACCACCCGGACCCCCCGGACAGUCCUACCCCGUGCGUUAUGGUGACGGGGAGGGUUCCGGAGUGACGGGGGUCAAUGGUGUUGCUGGAGUGAUAGGGAUUCCAGGACCACAGGGUCCGCCCGGAAUCGCAGGCCUUCCGGGAAGAUCUGGUUUGCCUGGGCUUUCGGGAGAGAAGGGGAGCGAGGGAGCAAGAGGACGGGAUGGAACACCAGGGAUGGACGGAUUCCCAGGACAAUUGGGAGACAAAGGGGAGAGGGGAGACAGAGGAGAAAGGGGUGAGCCAGGACGUGAAGGGGGGCCCCCUGGACCUCCAGGAGCCCCCGGCCCACCGGGACAGAUCUACCAGACUUCAGGCAGUUUUGAUGGAGUUCUUGGGAAUCAAGGACAGGGAGGACCAGGUCUUCCCGGCCGGGCAGGAUUCCCAGGGCCUAUGGGACCAAAGGGAGAUACAGGAGAGCCUGGACAGCCAGGAUACGCAGCUAAGGGGGAGAAAGGAGACCCUGGUAUUAUCAUGGGGCCUGAUGGAAGACCCCUGUACCUGGGAGGGCUGGGGUCUCAACCGGGAGAGAAGGGACUCCCAGGACCUGAGGGACCUCCUGGUCCCUAUGGUCCAGCUGGUCUAAAGGGAGAUAUAGGCAUGCCAGGUAGACCGGGCCGUCCUGGGUUGAAUGGUGUCAAAGGAGAGAGGGGGGAUUCAGCGGGAGGGACUGGAGGAUAUGGAGGUCCUCCAGGACCACCUGGCCCACCCGGACUCCCCGGGCCAGCAGUACCUCUGGACAGGUUCAAUAGGGAUGAUGUCUCACGGUUAUAUCCUGACUCCAAAGGAGACAAAGGUGAUCGUGGAGUACCAGGAAUACCCGGGGUACCAGGUCUCACGUCCAACUUUGACAUCUACACCUUCAAGAGGGAGAUGAAGGGAGAGAGAGGAGACUCGGGGAUGAAGGGGGAGAAGGGCGAGCCAGCCGGAGGAUAUUAUGGUGGCGGUUACGGUGGACAGGGUGGUCAACCUGGACCUCCAGGACUUCCGGGGCCAAAGGGAGAGUCCAUCAUCGGUCCUUCAGGGCCCCAGGGCCCUCCAGGUAACCCUGGAAGAGGGUACGAAGGCAGGCAAGGGAACCCAGGCCCACCGGGGCCCCCCGGACCUUCAGGAUCAUCCUCCUCACCUGGAGCCUACAGGCCAACACAGACCAUCAGCAUCCCUGGACCUCCGGGCCCUCCUGGCCCACCUGGAACUGAUGGACACUCCUCUGGGGUGAUGGUGUUGAGGUCAUAUGACACGAUGACAGCCACGGCCAGACGACAGGCAGAGGGGACGCUGGUGUAUCUGGUCGACCAAACAGACUUUUACAUCAGAGUACGAGAUGGCUUCCGGCAAAUCCAGCUUGGACCAUACAUAGCUUUACCCCCUGACCAGGGUAAUGAGGUAGCAGCUGUCGACCCUCCUCCAGUGGUCUACUACCAGCCAGACCAUCCCUCUAACUCGGCCACAGAGCAACCCCCCAGACAGCUAGACCCCCACGAGCCACAGCCUGAGGGACAACACCCUGUUCACCCUGACCCACGUUACUCGACUCACCCGGAUCCACGCUACCCAGCCCAGCCUGAUCCACGCUACCCAGCCCAGCCUGAUCCACGCUACCCAGCCCAGCCUGAUCCACGCUACCCAGCCCAGCCUGAUCCACGCUACCCAGCCCAGCCUGAUCCACGCUAUCCAGCCCAGCCAGAUCCACGCUACCCAGCCCAGCCUGAUCCACGCUACCCAGCCCAGCCUGAUCCACGCUACCCAGCCCAGCCUGAUCCACGCUACCCAGCUCAGCCAGAUCCACGCUACCCAGCUCAGCCAGAUCCACGCUACCCAGCUCAGCCAGAUCCACGCUACCCAGCUCAGCCAGAUCCACGCUACCCCUCACAUUCAGACCCCAGAUACCCCUCACACACUGAUCCACGGUACCCCAGUUAUACAGACCGACAGCACAACCCUGACCCUGUUCAGCCGGUCCAGCCCCAGCCAGCCCCUGUCCCACAGAACCCGGUUUACACAGACACCCGCUACCCUGUAACCCCACAACGCAGACCCAGACCCCCUGAGACCCCCAGCCACCAACACACGUCAGGCCCAAGCAUUCACCUGGUCGCCCUGAACGCCCCCCAGGGGGGUAACAUGCGGGGUAUCAGAGGGGCAGACUUCCUGUGUUUCAACCAGGCUCGGGCCAUCGGGCUGAAGGGAACCUUCCGGGCUUUCCUCUCCUCCAAGCUCCAGGACCUUUACAGCAUCGUCCGCAAGUCAGACAGAGAGCGCAUGCCCAUCGUCAACCUAAAGGACGAGGUCCUGUUUGACAGUUGGGAGGCCAUCUUUAGUGACUCAGAGGGCAGAGUGAAGGACAAUUUACCCAUCUACUCCUUCGAUGGCAAAGACAUUUUCACAGACGGCACAUGGCCAGACAAGAUGAUAUGGCACGGUUCGACCAGCAGGGGGCACGGCCAGGUGGAUAACUACUGUGAGACGUGGCGUAUAGGGGAGCGUGCGCUGACGGGCAUGGCCUCCUCUCUACAGGGGGGCCAGCUCCUCCAACAGAGAACCAGCAGCUGUCACAGCUCCUACGCCGUGCUCUGCAUCGAGAACAGCUACAUCGGACAGUUCAAGAGAUAGGACUGACCGACCAAACGCACACACACACUACAGCCAGAUCAAGAGAUAGGACUGACCGACCAAACGCACACACACACUACAGCCAGAUCAAGAGAUAGGACUGACCGACCAAACGCACGCACACACUACAGCCAGAUCAAGAGAUAGGACUGACCGACCAAACGCACACACACACUACAGCCAGAUCAAGAGAUAGGACUGACCGACCAAACGCACGCACACACUACAGCCAGAUCAAGAGAUAGGACUGACCGACCAAACGCACACACACACUACAGCCAGAUCAAGAGAUAGGACUGACCGACCAAACGCACACACACACUACAGCCAGAUCAAGAGAUAGGACUGACCGACCAAACGCACACACACACUACAGCCAGAUCAAGAGAUAAGCCUAAUGAAACACCCACACAAACACAUCAGCCAAUCCAGGAGGCCUAACAAAAGGUACCUACCAGUGGAGGCUGGUGACUUAAAUAAAUAGUAGGAUGGUAGACCCAGGGUAUAGGUGUGGAACGCACGGGGACAACAAAGUGUUUCAAAAAUUGUCAAAGACUAAUUAUUUUAACCUAAAGCAUUUAAUAAAGACAUUUAUAGUACACUAUUUUGGGGAAUGGGAAUGAGAGGGCUACUUACAGUGUUGGGAAGGGACCACAGCAGUGAUUGAAUGAGGGUAUGAGGAAUGAGUUGAGGUGUUCAGAGGCUUGACCAGUGCAGGACAGGAUUUGCCUAAAAAGACAAACAAUAACACAACACACUACACAGUUAGACAAAAGAGCUAAGAAUGAGUUAGUCCAAGCAAGGAGUAAAAUCAUUGAUGUGUAAUAAUGUGAUUGUGUUUGACUCUACAUACAGUAAUGAGAGAAAAUUGAUAGGGGUACUCAGUGCUUGGAGAGGAAACAUUCAAUGUGCCAGUAGAUGAGCGGCACAUGAGACAUGGCUUCAGUUCGUCAAGAGAUAGUUGACAAUGGUAGUGGAGUGAUCAUCACCUCUUAAUAAGGGAACAGGAGGGGACUUCCCUGGAAAUACAAAUAGCAGAUACAUUCCAUUACAGCUGCGCCCGUCAUAGGUUUGGACAACGAGUUUCUCUAUGAGGUUAAACUCAGACAUCUCAAAAUGCAUUAAGUCAAAUGCAGACUGCCGCGCAUCUCGCCCACUUCACACAUCAAAGUAGCCCAAGAAAAGUUCCUAAUUAAAGCCCUGAUCACCCACAUACCUGACCAUAACUGACAACUGCAAGCAGACUGGUGGCACCAUAGGUCCCAGAGCGUGGGGCAAUUUUUACCCCCUGGGGCCUAGAGUUUUUCCUUAUAUGGUAACCUAACUAGGAAAACUCUGGACCCUAUAAAGUAUGCCAGUGAUUAAUUAGUUGUAAAAAAAGGUUGAUCAGACUGAAAUAUAGUCUCGUUUUCAUCCCAUACAGCAUGUCCGAUUUCUAGCGUUCAGGUGUGCCUAGGCUGCUGCAACAUUUGUCAUGAGUUUUUACUUGUGUCUGUCCGGAGUGAUUGUGAGAUCUUUGCUAAAUAAAUACCGGAGGAAAGUAGAAAGCUUACUUGAGUGCACGUGAAAAAAUGUGCUGUGUCAACCUCUUGAAUCGAAAUGUUUAUGGAUGAUGCGAUGAAGCUAUUAAAUCAUUCUGAAUUGUUUUCGACAUCCUAGAAAAGACAAGUCGAAAGGUCGAUAUGUUCAACAAGUAAAGCAUUCUAACGUGCAAUUACCACUGCAAGCUCCUUGUAGUUGCCCUUGUUGGCGGGAAUUUCCCCUCUCGUCAUGUCCUCUUAUCGAUGCAGCUUAUUCACAGAAGCUUGAAUGUCGGCAUUUAUAUUCUCCCUGCUUUUGUUUUGCCGUUUAGCUGAACGAUCGAUGUUCUUCAGGUCACUGUACCCACCUUUUGACCAAGGCUCAGACUUUACCUAAAGCAGGCAAGGCCAGCAAUACAGGCAGCUUGAUGAAAAGCUCCCUGUUAACCAGCUUUACUUUUGAUACCAGUUGGUAUCGAACGCCCUCACCUUUUCAUCUUUCUUCAUGAAACUGAUCUCAGGCAGUGGUCGACCCUCCCUUUUCCGUGUACCCCAGAGAAUGAAAGGGGUUCUUCAACAAAGUCCACAAACUGCACACUUCACGCUGGUAGAUAGCUAGCUACUGAAGUUAACGAGGCUAACUUUAAAAAAAGUUAAAUCAGUAGCUGGACACAAAAAUUAAGUUCUAAAAACAAGAAAACAAUUUAUAUUCCUCUUCUGUCUCCUGUCAUUUGAAAAAAACAAAUUUGAAUUGAAUAAAAUACCAAAAAUGCUCAACUAUCACUGUUCACUCUUAAUCUCUAUCUGACAAUGUCACCAAGCUUCUCAACACAUAGAAUCCCCAUAAUGCUCUGUGGCACAAUCCCAAUACAACACACUGUUUGUUAUCUGAUCCUAAAAGCUUUGAUCGGUUGGAGGACUUCCACCGGAAGUGGUCAUAAUUACCAUGUAUGUCUAUGGAAGGGGGUGAGGCCUACAAGCCACCUAGGUUUUGUAUUGAAGUCGGAGGAGGAUGGAAGCUAGCUGUCCGGCUACACCAUGGUGCUACACCAGACAGUGCUUUUGAAGUUACUGUAGACCAUUGCAAAACAGUGUAUUUUAAUCAAUUAUUUGGUGACAUAAGAAUAUAUUUAGUAUAGUUUUAUCUAAAAAGUAUAACUUGAAUGUUUCUAAUGUUGACAUUUUUAUGAAAUUCACUUAGGAUGGUCCUCCCCUUCCUCCUCUGAGGAGCCUCCACUGAUACAUACACACACACACAAUGGUGCUUUGUAUAUAACAGCUACAUUCCCCUUCUCAAUACACUCAGUCCAGCUGGCCAAAUAGGACCACAUGUCCAUAAUAUGGGGUUGAUCAAGAACAGUGACAACCAGGCUAAGAGAUGGACCCCCCCCCCCCCCAAGCCACCCCCUUUUUACACUGAUUGCAGCUGACUAAACAGCCCACCCAGACCCCCUGCACAUACGUCUAAAUCGCUGUUCUGUAAUCACCUCAACACUGUGGUUUUCAGUAGAGUUUGUAUUCAUUCCACUUCUCCUUUUACUGUCCACUUCAGAAAGCCAUGUUCAUUGGGGGUUAGAUAGACUAUCACAAUGUACAUUUAUUAUAUCAAAAGCAUAAUACCUGCACUGUAGAAAGUCUAUAGCCUUUUAACAGUUUGCCCUAGAAUCAAACCACACCACAGACCACACCUACAGAUUAAACAGGACACAUUCUGUUCUGAGUCCAACAAGCUAAUUGUUGCAGUAUUGUACAUUAAAUGUUUAUUAUCCAAUGUUGUAAUUGUUUAUUCACUUUACAUUUUGUUGUAAUCAGUACAUAUAACCAGUUUUUGAAGCACUAGCUAUAACAUUGUCGUAAAUGUUGGAUGUUUUUAUUUUUCUAGCGGACAUCAAAAGGGAACAGGAUAUUUCAAAUGUUUUGAUAACAAAAGGGAACAGGAUAUUUCAAAUGUUUUGAUAACAAAAGGAGUAUUUAUUUUGCGAUUAACAUUUUGUUAAGUAGUUUUAACAUUCACACUUUUCAGUAAUGGACUCCAUGGAUCUAUGUAUUGACAGAGGAAGAGAUGAGCCUGGGCCAAGAAUCAUAACAUUUUGUAUCAAAAAUCAAAUUACUAUGUUUUUGUUCUGCAAUGUCCUUUUGCGUUUCAAAAUCCUCAAAAGUGCUCUUAAGUGUUUUUCAUGUCUAUGCACUGUGAUGGAAAUUAAAUAAGGCUUUUAAUCCAAAGACCAAAGCAUUGCAGCUCACUGAAUGAACCGGUGUAUGACCCUGGUGAGGAGUUUUCUGAGGUGACAUGUACUGUGCCAUCUCUCUCAAUGUCAUCAACGUUUAUUAAAAAACAAACAAAUGCUA